AUCCCCCAAUCAGGAAGACGAGACGAACUGGGCGGAACCUCCGUUCUGCGAACCCGACACUUGUCGGAAGUUGCGUCCUAUCCUAGCAGCCGUCUCGCUCAGUGGUGUGUCAGUAAACAGGUCUCGUACUGGCCUGUAUACUGAGACAUAGCUUAACGGUAGCGCACGAGAGCUAGAGGAAAAAUUAGCCGUGGAGGAUAUCGCGAAGCAGGAAAAACACAAUGCCACACAAUUUCCAGCCGGGGGACCUGGUGUUCGCCAAAAUGAAGGGGUAUCCCCACUGGCCAGCUCGGAUUGAGGAUGUAGCGGAAGGGGCAGUGAAACCUCCGCCCAAUAAGAUCCCCAUCUUCUUCUUUGGUACCCAUGAAACGGCAUUCCUCGCGCCGAAGGACCUGUUCGCGUACGAGAAGUACGGCGAACGCUACAGCAAGCCCAACAAGAGGAAGGGCUUCAACGAGGGACUGUGGGAAAUCCAGAACAAUCCGCACGCAUCGUACACGACACCCGCUCCAGCCAGCUCGUCUGACAGCGAGACGGGAGGGGCCAAUGAGGACGGAGCAGGAAGUGAUGCGGAGCCGGACGAGGAGGCCCCGCUGCCGCCGCCCAGGAAGUCGGAGACAGGAAGUGAUGCGGACUCUGAGUCGGGAACCGAGGAGCGCGGAGGCGGGGGGGUGAAGAGGAAAGCUCUGGCCGUGAAGCGCCCCCCGGUGAAGCGAGCACGCGGGGGGUCGUCCAGUGACCAGGACGGCUCGGAAGAGGAGAGCGGAUCCCCAUCGGAGCCCGAACCCUCCCCCAGCUCAGAGUCAGAUUUCGGGAAGAACAGCGACCAGGACUUCACUCCAGACAUGAAGGCGGGGUCCAAAGGGGGGAGGAAGGGGGCGGGCCGAGGGAGGAGGAAGAAGCCGGCGUCGGACUCUGACUCCGCCUCCCAGUCGGAGGACGAGGGCGGGAGGAGCGAACCCGACAUCAAGCCCCGCCCCGCUCUCUCCGGGUCCGAGUCCGGCUCGCGGUCCCCGUCCAAGUCCGACUCCGAGUCCGACCCGCCGCCGAAGAAGGCCCCGCAGGCGCGCAAGAAAGAAAAACUGCCCCCGAAGCCACGUGGACGAAAAACCAAGCCUGCCCCCGUCAGAAAACCCUCCUCUUCCUCCUCAUCCGACAGUGACAGCGACAGCGAGCCGGACCGCAUCAGCGAGUGGAAGCGGCGUGACGAGGAGCGCCGGCGGGAGCUGGAGGAGCGCAGGAGGCGGGAGGAGGCCGAGGAGCUGCGGCGGCUCCGGGAGCGCGAGAAGGAGGAGGACGAGGAGAGGAAGAGGGAGAAGGAGAAGGCGGCCGCCCGGGCGGGCGACAGCAGCUCGGACGAGGGGCCCGACGGCCAGCCGGUGAAGAAGAACAAGAAGCCCCCGUCCGGCCCCAUCCCCGCCCACUCCGACUCCGACUCCCCGCCGCGCGCCGAGGCGAAGAAAGGCGGGAAGCGUCCGGACAGCCAGAAGAGAGGGAGGUCAAAGAAAGAGAAGGAGGGAAGGGAGAAGAAGGAGAACGAGAGGAGGAGGAGGAAGGCUCAGCGCAUAGAGCAGCCACGCGGGAGGUCCUCCAGGUCUGAACCCAAACGCAGGCCAGAGCGCCCCCCAGAGAAGAAGAAAGAACCAACUCCGGCAGAGAGGCUACAGAAACUGCACACUGAUAUUAAAUUUGCACUGAAGGUCGACAGCCCGGAUAUAGACCGCUGCGUGCAGGCUCUGGAGGAGCUGGCCACGGUUCAGGUGACCAGCCACCUUCUGCAGAAGAACCCCGACGUCAUCGCCACGCUCAAGAAGAUCCGCCGCUACAAGGCCAGCGCCGCGGUGAUGGAAAAGGCCAGCGAGGUCUACAACAAGCUCAAGCUGCAGUUCCUCAAGAAGCCAGAGGGGGCACUAAAGUCCCCGACGGAAGAGAAGAGCCUGCCGGAGGUUGAGGCGAUCCAGAACGCGGACUUGACGCCCGUGAACGGGGAGACCCAGAAGCAGGAGGACAGCCAAUCGGCAAGCAGCCCCAAGUCACCUGACCAAGAAAUGAACAAGGAGGAAGAAGCCGAAGCCCUGGUCCCCAUCAGCUCGAAUCCCAGUAGCCCAGUCGAGCAUCUGACGCACAGUGAUGACAUCACGGAUUGCGCCGUUCCCACAGAGACUGAAAGGCCAAUCAUUGAGAGCUGAGGAGACCUUUUUUAAAUAAAAUAAAAAGGGGGGGGGUUUAUAUCUGUGGGCAGAGCGGUUAAUUUUGACUGAAUCUGGCAUUGUAUGGACUUUGUCCUUUUAUCGACUGCUUUUAUUUCCAUGACUUUUAUACUGCAAUUGAACCCCGCUCACUUACCCCAUCAACCUCCCCGUCCACCUUUCCUUGUGAAGUCCUAACGAUGUAAUGAAUUCAUAUUGUGUAUAAAUAGCGGAACGGAAUUGUGUUUUUAGCACCUUGGAACAGGAUUUGAGAGAAAGGAAAGAAAUUGACGGGAGGAGGGAACUGUAAUGUGAAUGUCUUGCGACUUUAUUUUUUAUUUUUUUUCUAAUUGUGCAGUUACAACACCCGACCUUAUUGUAAGGAGUGGCGCUGUUGUCAGUGUCAGUAAAAAUGUGUCUGUUGCCUUUAUUGAAUCAUCCUUACUUACCAAAGGGGUCUGCAGGAGGGGUGGUUAGAUAAUAUAAAGGAGAGAACAGAUUGGAUACAGAACUUGUUUUUUUUUAACAUUAUUAUUAUUGUUAUUAUUAUUAGUUUUUAAAGUCUGUCUGACAUGAUGUAACUAUAGCAACGAGGAUGACUUAAUUUUUUGUCUUAUCAAAGAACCUUCCAAUGUAUUUUUGUUUUCAGAUAAUUGCUGCAGAUAAAUAGUUUUUGUGCUCUUUCUGAAAACUGCAUACAGCACUACGCUGUACUUAACUUAGUCCUCUGGUCUUCCUUUAAUGUCCCGUUACCCAUACGCUCAUUGAUUUUGGAGAGGUACUUGCACUGUGUACGGACCCGUUAAACAUUUACGACUUGUUACGAUCAGAUAAAUGUAUGCGGCAUUAAGAUGCCAUUAUUGUGCUACUCGUAAGUCAGUUAGAAACCAAAAAUACUUACUUGGUUUAUAAAUGAGUGUUUAAUGUGCAAUGUUAAAGCACAAUGAAAAUUUCGAAACUAAGGACUAAGUUUAACAAUAAUAAAACUGUCGACACAAUGGUCCGUGAGACUGGACUGAAACUUUCUUUAGGUUGAUAAUGAAGUUAUUGAUUGUGAAAUAAGCAAGAAAAUUAGUAAGCCUUACCUGACAAAUCCCAGCACAGAGGCUGAAUGGUUUUUUAAGCUUAUAGCCGCUUCACAGAUUCUGUUGCACAGUUUCUGCUAAGCAGGACUUACUAAUACUAAUGUGUACUGUAUUAAUGUGUAUGACCUGUCAUUUUAUAAAUGCUUAUUUUCUGAUGUUCUGUUCAAUAACGGGCACACACUAGCCCGAUUUUGACCGAAUCCCAAAACUCAGCAUGACCCACAUCAAGUUUGAAUUGCGUUUAUUAGCGAUUUAAUUGUUUUUUUCUUUUUAUCCGUUUAUUUAUUAAAAAAAAAAAAACAACGUAUUGUAUUGUAUGCCUCGUGCCAGCCUGCCUGCCACGGCCCCUCAAUGUACGAACGAAUGAAUAAUCCAAGUGACCAACUUGGCUGUGUAGCCGUGAAAUUAAAAGUUAAUGACGUGGCCACAGCUCCGAAAAUCCAAAUGUUAUCAAGCCUCUACAAUGGCCUGGGCCUUCAAGCCUUCAAACAGAUAGAACCUGCUCAUAUUUAUCCUUAACUACAAUUAAUUGGUACUGGAUUAUUAGGGUCAUUUUAUUUUGUGUAUAUAUUUUUUUUGUCUUUUUUUUUUUCGUGUGUGUGUGUAUGUGUGUGUAUUUUACCACUUGAAUGUUUUGUUUAUGUUUUGGCUGCUCAUGGAAGAGCUUUUCCCCCAAGAAAUACAACUUAAAUUGAAAA